AUGAUGGCAGAGGAAGCAGGACUAAGGCCAGCUGAAUUGGAGGAAAUGCUCUUGAGCGACGUGACCACAGCAGAGCAGCUGUCGGCAAUGAGAAAGUCGCUGGAUAGCCUGUUGAAAAAGGUUAAUAGCCUAACGGCUAGAGGCACACAGGUGCGCAAUUCUAUAGAGACUAUCGCGAAGACUUUGAAAAGUCUGCGUGAGAUUCCGGCUGAAUUAGUGCAAGGAGUUUCGACGAAGUCGACCAAACAGCUCGAGGAGGCGACAAGCUCAAAGAUAAAUGAGGAGUGUAGCCCUACUGAGCGGGAGCUGGAGAAUCUCAAAGAGCUAGAAGUUGAGGAGCUUCGUCUGCCUGCUGGAGCAGAAUGCAGCACAAACGCGCCGCCGAUAGUGUAUGAACAAUUGAACGUCGGCGAUUUCGACAAUAAGGAGUACCAUUUGGAUUUUGAUCCAGUGGCGACGGCGCAACGAGGCCUACAAGUCUCGGUGGAAAAAGUGAGAGUACCCACUUGCAGCAAGGAAGGACGACCGAGUGGAGGCCGAGGAGCAGGGACUCGAGCCAGUCGUCGUCGAUUCCGUGCCCAAGCCCAGGUGAGUCUUUCAAAUGCUAUGGGGUCCAUAUUUGCGGCUAUGGCCCUACCCGAAGUGAAGGUGUACAGUGACCCUCAACGAGAAGGAUUUGACCAGUUCAUCAUGAGGUUCACGAUGAAAUACCGGAGCCUUGGGUUACGGAAUGACCUGCUCAACCAACUGUUGCUCUCCAAACUGCAAGGUUACCCAAAAAGGCUCGUAAGAGAGGGGAACUCUGAAAGCCUUGUGGAAGCUCUGCGAGCAAAGCUUGCUGUGGACAAUUCGGCGAUGCAGAUGAAGGCGUAUUUGGAUCUGAAACACCUCAAGAAACAUGGAGGCGUAACAGAAUUCUGCCUGGAACUGGAAAGGAUGUCAAGAGAAGCCUAUCCAGAUGCAUCGGAAGAAGAGCUGUCCCGUACAAGGGCAGGAGAAUUGGUGAGCCAGCUAACCGACUGGCCAGAAUACCUCCAACUGUUUGCGGUCAGAGUAAAAGCAGGUAAUUUAUGCUUCGGGCAACAGAAUGUCCUUCAAAGAAGCGAUCAGACCGACGCUGCAGAUGAGCGACGGUAA